GUGAAAGUAGAAAUAGCUUCGACCUUAUCCGAGUUUUUAACUGAUAACGCAAUAUCUAAGAAAGGCGAUAUCAGAAUACACUUAAGAAGGUAUAAAGUAAAGCCUACAGAGGCGAAAUAAAAAAGAUUGGCUAACUGUCAUCUUGUGUGCAUUCUAUUUUUAGGGUUCAAACCCAAGUGCUAAUUUUUGAACUGUGAGUGUAAGCACAGAACUUUACUUUGAUCUCCAACUACUGAGACAUUUUUCACUGUUCAAAGUUAAAAUGACGGAAUACAGUGUGAAGGAUUCAGUUGCAAUUAUUCAGCUUGACAACCCUCCGGUAAACGCAUUAGGGAGCAAAGUACGAAGUGGUAUAGACAAAUAUAUAAAAGAGGCUGAUCGGGACAGUAGUGUGAAGGCUGUUGUUGUCUGUGGUAAACGAGGAAACUUCUGUGCAGGAGCUGAUAUCAAAGAGUUUGAUGGUGGCAAGAAAGGACCAUGGAUCACAGAUAUUGGGGACUACUUUGACAAAAUGAAGAAACCCGUCGUAGCAGCAAUAGAAGGAGUUGCACUUGGUGGUGGCCUGGAACUUGCCUUGUUCUGUCAUUACAGAAUAGCCGUAAAAAGUGCAAGGGUAGGUCAGCCAGAAGUGGCGAUAGGUUUGAUCCCUGGUGGGGGUGGUACCAUCAGACUACCAAAGGCUGCAGGCCUAAAGAAUGCGCUGGAGAUCAUCACAACAGGGAACCAUGUCUCUGCUGAGAAAGCUCACAAGAUGGGCAUCAUUGAUCAGAUUGUAUCUGGGAACAUCAUAGAAGAAGGAAUCAAGUUUGCCAAAUCUAAGGUUCACUUGGAUACCAGCAUUGUUUGUUUACGUAACAAGCAUGUUAAAGUUGAUGGUGAUGUUGAUAAGGUUGCUGAAGCUGCCAUGGCCAAAGUGAAGUCAAAAUAUCGUGGAGCUAUGGCACCCAUUUAUUGUGUGAAGUCAGUGAUGAACUCUGUAAGAGUACCAUACCAAAAGGGGAUUGAGUUGGAGCAUGAAUAUUUUCAGGACUUAAGGUCAUCUAGCCAGUCCAAGGCCAUGAGAUAUGCCUUCUUUGCUGAGAGAGCCAUAACAAAGUGGCAGCUUCCAUCUGGAGGGAACUACAGGACAGCGAAACCACUGCCAGUGAAGACGGCAGGUGUUAUUGGUGCCGGAACUAUGGGAGGUGGUAUAGCUCUAUGUCUGAUCACCUCCGGUAUACCAUGUGUUCUUGUUGAACAAAAUAAAGAGUUUCUAGAUAAAGGUAUGGAGGCAGUCAAAAUGCAAUUGAUGGGUACAGUACGGUUAGGAAAAAUGGCAGAAAACCAGGCUAAACAAUGUAUGGCAAUUCUUAAACCUACAGUCAACUUUGAAGAUUUAAAAAAUGUUGAUCUGGUAAUUGAAGCUGUGUUUGAAGACCUGAAGUUGAAGAGAGAUAUCUUUGAACGACUGGACAAAAUGUGUAAACCUGAAACAAUUCUAUGCACAAACACGUCAACCCUGGACAUUGAUUCAAUUGCAACAGCCACAAAAAGACAAGAAAAGGUUGUAGGCACCCAUUUCUUUGCACCAUCGUACAUAAUGAAACUGUUAGAGAAUAUUUAUGGAACUAAGACGUCUGCUGAGACUGUGGCAACUGUCAUGAAACUAGGAAAAACUAUCAGAAAGGUUCCCGUGUUGGUUGGUUCCUGCACUGGGUUCGUCGCUAACAGAAUGUUAGGACCAUACUCACAGGAGGCUCAGUAUUGUGUUGCGGAAGGAGCCUCCCCAGGGGAUGUGGACAAUUCUCUCAUGGAUUAUGGGAUGCCCAUGGGAACAUUUCAAGUUUCUGACCUGUCAGGUGUUGAUGUCGGGUUCAGAAUUCGUAGAGAAGCAGCAAGGAAGGCUGGUGAAACACUAACAACAAAAAGCCGGUUCUUCAUGGGCGAGCGUAACUGUAGUCUUAUAGAGGCACUAGUUGAGAAAGGAAGAUUGGGGAAAAAAGUUGGGAAAGGUUGGUACAAGUAUGAUGGACCAAGAGGAAAGCCUGUUGUUGACCCAGAAGUUACACAGCUAAUAGAGGAACAUUGUAGAUCACUCGGUCUUGAGAGACGCACCAUUGGUUCACAGGAGAUCCUAGAAAGAAUGCAGUAUGCAAUGAUAAAUGAAGGAUUCAAGAUUCUUGAGGAGGGACUGUGUACAAUGCCUGAGGAAAUUGACAUUAUAUGGAUAUAUGGAUUUAGUUGGCCAAAAUAUAUGGGUGGACCUAUGUAUUAUGCAAGCCAAAUUGGUUUGAAGAAGAUAUAUGAAAAAAUAUGCUAUUUCCAUAAAACAUUCCCAUACAGUGCUCAUUGGGUACCCAGCAGUUUACUAGCAAAACUCAGUAAAAAUGAUGUACCAUUUAACAAAUGGGGGCAAGCUGUGCAAGGGAGCAAACUCUGAUUACUUACCAUCUUUAUGGAAUCAAUAUUGAAUUAACUGCACAUAUGAAUGGAACAUAUAAAGCAUUAUGAACGUGCAUGUUGCGAAAUGUUUUGAAAACUCAAUAAAAAUGAUGCACCAUUUAACAAAUGGUGAGAAGCUCUGCAUACGUGCGAACUGUAUAAAUUAUCAAACUGUAUAGAACUUACACAUUGUAAACUGUGCAGAUGAACAACAAAAUAUUUAAAGCAAUAUGAAAGUGCCAUAAAGAUUGUUGUGUUUUAACUUUUUGUAGUAAAUUAUGUAGAUAAAAUGUAAACAGACAGUAUACAGGCCUGAUUCAUUAAUUAUGUAUCCAUGCCUUUAUUUCAACAGUCUUUGCCACCCUCAGCCUAUUUACAUGGGAAUAUCUGUUUAAUAUUAGGUGUAAAAAAAAAUUGUUUGUUUUUCGGUAUCCCGAUCUACCCUAAAUAUUUUGGCCCAACCCUAAAUCUUUUUAUGGCCUUGGUGAAUAUUUUUUUCAACUUUUCAACAAAAAGUUGCAAUACUGCACUUUUUAUACGCCCAUUUGAAAAACGGGACGUAUCAUGGGAACGCCCCUGGCGGACAGGCGGGCGGCGUCCACAGACUUUGUCCGGAGCAUAUCUUCUACAUGCAUGGAGGGAUUUUGAUGAAACUUGGCAGAGUUGUUCACCAUCAUGAGACGGAGUGUCAUGCGCAAGAACUAGGUCCCUAGGUAUAAGGUCAAGGUCACACUUAGAGGUCAAAGGUCAAAUUCAAGAAUGACUUUGUCGGGAGCAUAUCUUCUUCAUGCAUGAAGGGAUUUUGAUGAAAGUUGGCACAAUUGUUCAUCA